UUAACAUUGACAUUGUGAGAAUUUUCAUAAUUUGGUGUUGAAAAUUGUGGCGUGUUUUGAAAAGCACGUGUGAAUAAAAAUCUAAAUAAACAGUAAAACUGCUUAUUAAAAAAAUACCUUGCACCUGAUACAUUCAUAUUUUUGAAAAUUAUUUGUAUAAUUGAAAUCGUCCCAAAAACAAAAAUUUAGGUCGUGACAUAUUUCAAUAACUAAAUAAAAUCUAUUCUGUUUUGAUUUUCUCCAUUCGAUUUAUUAAAACAAAAUAUGGUUGUUUUUACCUGUGGCCACUGCGGUGAAUCAGUUCAAAAACCUAAAGUUGAAAAACACUACUUAACAAAAUGCAGAAAUAAAAAUCCAAAUUUAUCUUGCAUGGAUUGUUUUAAGGACUUUUUAGGAAAUGAUUACGAAGCUCAUACUAAAUGUAUUACUGAAGAAGAACGUUACUCUGGAAAAGGAUUUACUCCAAAAGAAAAGAAGGGUGAAAAGAAACAAAAUGCAUGGGUGGAAAUGUUACAGUCUGUCUUAGAUGAACAAAAGAAUGCAUCAGGGAAUGUUUUGAGGAUUAUAGAGACAAUAAGCAAGCAUAAUAAUACACCAAGGAAGAAACCUAAAUUCAUAAACUUUGUAAAAAAUGUUUGCGGGCAAAAAACAAACCCCAAAGAUAUUGAUCAGGCUUGGGACUUAAUAUCAGUAAAGUUAUCUGAAUUGUCGAAUUUAAAUUCACAGAAUAAAAAUAAGAAUGAACAAGAUAAGACUGAUGUACCUAAGGUAAAUGGUUCUGCUGGUAAGGAGCAAAAUGGUAACACUGAAAAUGGUGUCACAAAUCAUGAAGAAGAUGAGGAAGAAGCUCAGACUGAUGAAAAAGACAAAAAAGAUACAGAAACUAAAAAUGGUGAUUCAGAAGAUCCAAAUAAAAAGCUUUCCAAAAAGCAAAGGAAAGAAGAAAAAAAACGAAAGAAGUAUGAAGCGGAAUUACAAAGUGCGGAAGCUCCACCACCUGAAGUGACCCAGGAGGAAAUUCAAGUGCCAAAAAAAGGAAAAAAAAACAAGAACAAAAUUGAAAACUCUAAUGGUCAUAAAGAAGAAAAUGGCCUUGUUGAAGGAAAAGAUAAAAAUAAGAAAAGAAAGAGGCAAGACACAGCAACAACAAUAGAAGUUAUUGAAGCUGUCAAUAAUGCUGAUAUAGAAAAUGUACAAGUUAAAGUAAAAGCUACUAAAAAGAAGUUAAAAAUGGAGGGUGAGCUUGCUACUGCUGAAGCAGAUGAGAGUAUUUGUCUCCAUGAUCAGAAUGUUGCUAAAAGUGAGCAUGAGGUGUCAGAAAAUAAUGGAAAAUUCAAUUGGCAUGCUGUUAUUAUGUCUGUUUUACAGAAGAAAGGGAAUGAACUUCCUUUUAAGCGUCUUCAAAAGAAAGUUUUGUCUGAAUAUUCAGAAUAUACAGGGAAUGAAGUAGAUGAUAGAAUUGCCGAUAAGUUUAUUAAAAAAUUGAGAAGUGCACCCAAUGUUAGGGUUGAUAAAAAUAGAGUUUUGCUAUUAGAAGAAGAUGAGUAAACACUUUGUUUAAUAUACUUUUAUAAAACUUAAAACUUUAUCAAUUACGGAUUUAAAGGCAAUUGUGGUAAAUAUAGUUUGCAAUGAUUUACACUGCCUGAAUAUUAUACUUCAUUCUCUAGUAGAUUAAGCUAAUGUUUUAUUAAAUUUACUGCAUCUCAAUGUGUAAUUUUCUGUAUUUGUAUAUCCUACAAAUUGAAGAAUCCAAAUAUAUUGUAGAUCAUUA